AUGUACUGCCAGAUCGCCCAGCACAAGCGCAGUCUCAGGCUCGAGAUUUUGGUUCGCAUGGGCUUUCUGGGCCGGCGCUUCACCUGGCCCGACGUCGGCCGCGGGCUCGAUCGCAGGCAUUGCUAUGCCGGCGUCGGCGGCGCCGCCUGGGUGCUCGAGGCGUUCCACGAGGUCAGUGGGGUCAUCGCAAAUGUCAUGCGUAGCCGCGUAGUGCUGGGCUUUCUUCCAAUGCAGCUGCAGUCGCUCUUUGCGUCAGGACUCGAGGUAUUGGCGGCGCCUGCGUAUCGGUCGUUGCUUGAGCAGGUCGGGCGCACUGCCGCUGCGAUGCGCAGGAGCGACCAGAAGGCUUUUGAUUUGGUUCGGCCGUCGCAGCUUUUCAUGGAAAGCAUCGCGCUUGGAUGCCACCCCAGGAUGGUGCACAUGUUACUGCGGCUGUAUCGUCUCCCGCGACGCUUGAAGGAAUCUGGCGUCCACUCGGAACCGUUCCAGGUCGACCAGGGCAUAUUGGCAGGGUGCGCGCAUGCUGUUUGCCUGCUGGAGUUGCUGACCCUGCGGGCGAGACUACGGCUGCGAGAAGUCCAUGGUAACGUGGUGCCUCGGGGGAUUGUGGGUGCUGUUUCUGUGCAGUACGCUGGUGCUGAUUCUCAUGGGGUUAAGGCCUUGCGGUUGACCGUGGAGCUGUUCCAGGAAGAUUCACGCAUUCUGGGGUCCUGCUUCAAUGCCAAGAAGUCUGGCAUUGUCGUGGGCGCGCAGCCCACGAAACGGCUUGCCAAGGGCUCAAGUAUCGGUUGCACGCACCAGAUGCAGUCAACCGGUUGCAGGUGCAGAGGCUGGCGCAUCACUGGCCCGUCCAUGAGUCUACCCACGAUGUUUGGGAACGGGCCCUACGACUUAGUCAUGCCCGCGGCGGUCACGGCCUUGAAAGGCCGCAGCACCCCCGCGGCGGAGGUGGCCUCGUGCGCAGCAGCAGCCGGCCCUCCCCCGCGCGCGCACGCCGCGGAGGACCUCAACGACGCGCUCCUGGACUUUUUCGUGAAGCUUGGGCAGGCGCUCGUGCCCGCCGGCGGUGGCGGCCCCAAGAGCGUGAGCACCCCGCCGCGCUGCGGCCUGGCGUAUCUCGGGUCGCUGUUCUACUCGCAGCUCCGCAAGGGCGAUGUGCAGGACGGCAGGGAGGGCCACACCAACGUCGCGAACUGGGCGCGGCGGCGCCUCGGCAAGGGCGGCCUGUUCGACGAGGGCAUCGGGGCUUUGGCGCUGCCGAUCAACGAGACGCUGCGAGAGGGCAAGGGCGGCUUCUACUCCGCGGAGAAGCACUGGUGGCUGGCGCUGCUGAUCAACCCCAGGGGGGCGGGCGCCGGCGCAGAGGCCGAGGGCAUCUCCUUGGUCCCGAUGGACUCGUUCAUGCGCAUGGACUGGGCCUACGAGCCGCCCGUGCGGGCGCUGCAGGACGGCGAGGCCGAGGCGUAUCCGGUGGAGGUCAAGGGCUUCACCCGCGAGGGCUUCAUGGCCCGCGUCCGCUUCCGCGCCUCCGGCGACGGCUCCCGCGGAGCGCCGCGGGCUCCUCCUUCGAAGUCCUUGCUGCUGAUGGCGGGGCAGGAGUUCUCGGUGAAGAG